AUGCUGCUCCUCCUGUGUUUUUCCCCCUCCACGUCCACCUCCACGUGCCCUCGCCUCCUACUCUGCCCGAUGCCCUGCGCGUGGGCAGCCAUGGAGCAAGCGGACCAGAAGCAGAUCAAGCAGAUGGCCACGUUCAUGAUCUCGGAGGCGAAGGAGAAGGCUUUGGACAUCCAGGAGAAGGGCAAGCAAGAACUGAGCAUCGAGACGCACAGGCUGGUGGCAGAUGGCAAGGAGAAGGUGCUGGCAUCCUACGAGAAGAUGCGGAAGGAGCUCACGACGAAGCGCGCCAUCGAGAAGUCUUUGGCGAUCAACAAGCAGCGGCUCGAGAAGAUCAAGCAGCGGCAGGAGGUGAUGGUGGCAAUUUCCAACGACGCAAAGGCUGCGCUCACCAAGGCGCUGGCGGACCAGGCCAAGUGCAAGGAUUUCGUCACCAAGCUGAUGGUGCAGGGCCUCCUGAUGCUGCUCGAGAGCGAGGUCACGGUGCGGUGCCGCCAAAAGGACCUCGCUCUCGUGAAGGGCUGCCUGGACCCGGCCGCCAAGAAGUACAAGGACAUUGUGAAAGAGAAGAGCGGCGCCGACAAGUCGUGCAAACUCAUCGUUGACGAGAAGAAUUUCCUGCCGCCCGCAGAAGUAGACCAGGAGGGCAGGUCAUGCCUGGGCGGCAUCGUGCUCUCCUGCUUCGGUGGCAAGAUCACCGUCGACAACACGAUCGACGCCCGGCUGAAGCUCGUGAUGGAGCAGGACAAGCCGGAGAUCCGCAAGAAGCUCUUCGCGUGA